AAAAAAAUCAAGUUAAGUCAAGCAUCAACGUUUCAAGUAAUUUUAUUUUCAAGUUAAGCAGUUUAUAAAAAUAUCUAGCGACUUGACUGGAUUAAUCCUUAUGCGAAACAUUUUACCCAUCUUUUCAAGAUAUAUAACCUUCUUGAGUAAUAAAAUCUUACUAGGCACUGUAUGUAGUUUUGUGACUGUUGCGGAUCGACGAUUUUUAAGUCAUAAUAGUUCUUCGGGAUAA